CGGCAAGUCUCCUCCAACAGCCAUUCCUUAGACGAGGCGUUCUAUUCCUCAGUUCCUAUAAUAUGAACCCCGCAUGAAAUGAGCCCUUAUCCAACGCCACUUACAAGCCCCACCUCUAUAAUAGCAAGGUGCUGCUCUACAUUAUGGCACUAACGCAUUAUCCCAAUUCGGUCCCAAGGGCUUGCCUUAUAUAUAGAACCCCAUGUCCCGCAGAAUCACUCUUCUAUUCGAUUAACUAUAUAUAUACGGUACUGCUACUCUCGAAAGGCUCACUCUCAACGAUCCCUCAAUCAAACAUAUUUCGUCUACAAAUAACUUCGAUUUCUCACCUUUGAGCUAUACCCCAAAAUGCCAGGUCCAACAUUCCAUAACUACCCUGGCAUCGGUGCCAAAAACUCAGAAGCAUUCCACUACUCCCAAGCCGUUAAAGUCGGAAAUAUCGUCAAAUGCUCCGGUCAGGGAGGUUGGGAUGCUGAAGGUACAAUCGAGACGGACCCCGAACUCCAGAUCCGUCAAGCUAUGGAGAACGUUUUGAAGGCGCUGAGAACUGUUGAUGGGAGGCUGGGUUGGGAGAAUGUGUAUGCGGUUAAGUCGUAUCAUGUGGACAUAGAGGACACUUUCGAUAUUAUGACGACUGAGUUCAAGCGCUUAUCACGUACGCUUCGCCCGGUUUGGACGUGUGUUGAGGUUGGGAAGUUAGGGAUUCCUGGUAUGCUUGUUGAAGUGGAAGUCGAGGCUUGGAUUGAAAAUCGAGAGUGA